GUGUACGCUAAGGCAAGCUAGCUAUCCUCGACCAAUCGAGAGAAUCCGUUUUUACCCCCUUUGCCCCUCCAUUCGUAUCGGUGAUUCACACCCCCACACUACCCUUUCCAACUGCCCUCGAACCUCUUCUCCUCCGCCUACUACUUUCACUCGAUUCACGGUCUUCCGCCCACCCACCCUCUAUCCGAUGGGAAUUUCGAAUUUACGCGAACAGAGGGAUAAUUUCAUUGUCGAAAUUUGGAAGGCGACUAGGAGGAGUGGGCUGCAUACGUGCAACGAGGGAGGUCCGGUCAAACGUGUUGCUUACCAGGUGCUGGAAUAAAUGAAUGGCCAAGCAACGAGGAAGAAUCUCCCCUGAAUUUGAUAUAACGUUUGGGAAGGGUGGAAAAUGGGUAGUGGACCGAAAUCACGGUCACUGUCACUCGGACCCAUCAUCCUUGCUGUCACUGUCAACAGAGGUAAUCUUAGCCCCGUGCUGGCAUUCCAGAAUUGAUCGCAACCACCUUGUCCAACAUGCGUGUACACGUAGGCUACGUGGUACAGUAUAGUCGGCCAUCCCAAGGUGGAGGAGAUCCCAUGGAAUAGCGCGUGCGCCGCGAAAUCAUGAAUGGAACCACCGCUCAAUGCGAGUCCGGCCACACAAUCACAGUCAUACAGUCACUCUACUUUUAUUUAUAUCCCUCCAACGACGACCUUCAGCCAAGCACGUGCAAUACAAUAAAAACAAACAUUUCUAUAAUAAACAUUUAAAAAAUAUUCUGUGCAUUAUAAUGCAGGAUGUACUACGUGAAGUAUCUAUGGAAGACUGUGGACAUACAGAAACAUUAAAUGAACCAGCUAUGCCAAUAUCAGUUGCAAUUAAACAGCCACCAACAUUACAAACAAUAGAUACAACAUCACAUAAUUUUCAUGGCGAUGAAAUCAUAGAUAAAACAUUAGAGGAGCAAACUAUAGAAAGAUUACAAGAAACAAAUAAUGAGACUUUAUUGGAUGCAAUAAAGGAUAAUAAAAGUAUAGAAGAUACACAAAUAUCAGUUUCAUCCAAUUGGCUUCAUUAUAACUGGAAUAACACACCAAAACUAUUAUGUGAAGCUACAAAGGAAUAUCAACCAAGUGAGACAUGUGAAAAUUUUACAAAAGGUUGUCAGUGGUCUCCUGAUGGAACUUGUUUAUUAGUACCUGCUGAAGAUUUUAGAAUUCGAAUUUAUGAACUUCCUAAAGAACUAUAUUCAGAGAAAAUUCCUUCCAAUUUGACAUCUACGGAUCUUCCAGUAGCAUUAGCUGUAAAAGAAGGAGGUCUUAUAUAUGAUACUUGCUGGUAUCCUUUCAUGAAUUCUUGGCAACCUGAAACUUGUUGUUUUCUAAGUACAAGCAGAGAAAGUCCCAUACAUUUAUGGGAUGCGUUUAAUGGUGAACUAAGAGCAACAUAUAGAGCUUACAAUCAAGUUGACGAAGUAGAGGCUUCAAUUAGCAUUCAGUUUAUUGACUCAGCUAGGGAAGUAUGGGCUGGUUUUAAAAAUGCCUUAAAGAUUUUUGAUGUCGAACGUCCAGGUCGUCAAAUAAAUACUAUUCAGUUUAAAAAAGACUUUCCAAACGUAGCAGGAUUAGUUUCUUGUAUAAGAGAAAAUCCUAUUAUGCCUGGGUUAGUUGCAUUUGGUACAUACUCUAAAUCCAUUGGUUUGUAUAGAGAUGGACCGUUAUGUACUUUCAAGACAGGAAGUGGUGUAACCCAAAUCGAAUUUAGUUCUUGUGGAACAAAAUUAUUUUCGACUGUCAGACGUAGUAAUGAAUUUUUAUGCUGGGACCUUCGUAAUCCAGGCACUGUACUCUAUUCCCUUCAAGGAAGACAGUCUGACACAAAUCAAAGAAUACAGUUUAACGUGUCAUUCAAUGGAAAGCAAAUAGUUUCUGGUGGUACGAAUGGGUACAUUGCAGUUUGGGAAUUGCCUGAAAGUACAAAUUGUGAAGAUCUCAGUAUAACGUAUAAAAUAAAGUUAUUUCAUGAUUGUAUAAAUGGAGUAAGUCUUCACAAGAGUUUGCCAAUAAUUGCUACAAGUACAGGACAAAGAUUUUGUGAUGAUAUUGUACAAAAUCGAGACAAUAGUGUCAGAUUGUGGUCUUUGUCGUGAUUAUAGUUUAUUAAUAUUAUAAAUGUAGAUAUAAAUGCUAUUUUAUAUGUAAGUAGAACUUAAAAAUAAAUCAUAAGUAGACACGGCACGUGACCUCUUCGUUGGGAAUGGUGGAGCCACUUGCGUGUUCUGUUACGAACUUGAAAGGACUAACAGUAUCGAAGUAAAGUUGACGCGGAAUAUUAAUAUUUCUCAACAGUUUAUAUCUUAAAAAGUUACUCCCCAUUUGUUCCCUCGGAAUCUAAAAUUGCUCCAGUCGCAAACAUAUUUAAUGAGAUAUUCGCAAAUAAAAAAGCAGAAAUUUGUUAUCUUUCAAAUAGAUAGUAAAUGGUCUUUUUACAAAGAUAUUAUAGCACCAAAAAAUUGCUCUUGAUUUGUUUUAUGAUUCGAUGGUUAGAUAUAUCAAUAACAAUUUAUUAACAAAGAGCAAUUGAAGAUAAAUAUCUGACCAUUGAAUCUUAUAAAACAAAUCAGGAGCAAUUUUUUGGUGCUAUAAUAUCUUUGUGAAAAGACCAUUUAUGUACUAUCUAUUUGGAAGAUAACAAAUUUCUGCUUUUUUAUUUGCGAAUAUCACAUUAAAUAUAAUGUUUGCGACUGGAGCAAAUGGGGAGCAAGUUUUUAAGAUAUAAGUUGUUAAGAAAUAUUAAUAUUCCGCGCCAACUUUACUUCGAUACUAACAGUGACUACAGAUAGUAGAAAACUGGACAUGCCUUUGUUACCGAAGGGUGGUGAUUUUGGGGGAGUGCGGCUCCCCAGUGUAAAGAGAGGUUUCCACAGUCGGCAUAACAGUCGUGUCUGUUUAAACUUUUCUUUAUUGCCUGAGAUAUCGACCGACGCUUUCGGUAGUCCACAAUGCAACAAUGGCGUUCCUUCUUUUUCUUCGCUCGCGUCGGUAAGGCCAGGCUGUAAACUUCAUCUUUUGUUUCUAGGGAGUAAAUGGGCACGACUAGCGCAGCUAGCGCUACUCCCCACAAAAUAAAGAAUCCCAUGAAUUUAGCUGAGAUGCGCGAAACAGUUGUAUUCCCAAUUACACACGUUUUUUCAAGUUAUAUCGCAUUAUUAUUAAAGUAUCGCUAUAAAUAAAAUACACGAAAAUAAA